CCAAGUUGUUCGACCAUCGAAUCAAGAAGUCUGACGAUCAGAUUGAGUUGAAUCACGAGCUCAUGCAGAGCAUCAAAGAGCAGAAUGUUAAGAAGGUCAUUGACCUACUCCAGAGAGGGGCAAGUGCAAACUUUAAGGAGGAGGUAACGGAGACGAGUGGCAAAACUGUGAGCUGGACUCCCUUGAUCCGAGCCUGCAGCGUCCGCGUUGACACGGGAGACCUGGGGAGGAAUGUCAUCGCUUGCAAUCAGAUCAUCGACGCCCUCGUGCGAGCAGGAGCAGACGUGAACCAGACCAACGACUACGGGCGGACCGCCUUGCACUAUGCUGCUAUGGAGGGGAACUACACCGCAGUGAUGAUCUUGGUUCACGCUGGUGCCCCUGUUGACGCCAAGGACAAGAGCAUCGCGACCGGCGCGUCCGGAGUUGUGAUCGGAGCGAAUGCUGCAUAUCAUGCAAAGAUGUGGAAGAAGAACGAAUGGGAGAAGGUUGUACAACUCCUGGAGCUCUACAGCAACGAGAAGCCUCCCAGUCCGAACUCGAAGCCAACCCCGAAGAGCAAGGGGAAGAAGAAGAAGAAGUGA